AUGUUAAGAGCGAUUUCUAACAUUUUCCAGAGCUUGCAGCCAAACAAAACUGAAAUGUGGAUUGAUGCUGAAAACGUCUCCAACGAGGGCUUCGUUCAUGUUUUCCAUCAUCUUGACAAAAAGUCUUUGGUUAACUGUAUUUUAGCGUGUCGCCGCUUCCAGAAACUCAUAUCAAAUGACUCAUUUUGGGUGGAACAUGCUCGUCUUAAUGGAACGACUGACGUUCUGCCACCAUUGAAUUGGAGACGUGCAGUGACUCAGAAAAAGUUUGAUGGUAACGGUGAUGGUCAAAUCCAAGUAACGAAUCUCAAUUUUGAUAUGAAGCGAAUGGUUUUCACUGGGCAUGGUUAUUCAACAAUCACUCCCAAGUUCGAAUCUCAUUUCGAAAAUGCAAGAGAUCAGACUAUCCGCGGAGUGCUCCGUUCAGAUGAUUUUUUGAUAAGAGGACCUGCUGAUGGCAUCCGCAUGGAGACCGUUGAAGGUCAUCCUGAUAUUUCGAAAUGCUUUGCCUUCUCCUACACAUCCGGUGCUAUUCUUGUCUUCAUUGAUUUUGUCAGCCACGGAAUCGAUCCCUGGGUGAUGGACUAUGUCCGACCUAAAAUCCGCAUCAGUCAAAAAGUGAGCCAUCGCAAUGAUUGCUCCGCAAGACUGUCAUUCGCUGUCCAGUUGAACUAUAAUGAAACUCAGUGGAUUCAAGAAAUCGGAAUGCGUCAGACUAACGAGAACGUUGACCAAAAGCGAUUCAAGUCUGUUAACAAAGAAUGGGAACAGUGGUCUGGAAGUGAAUGGGAAGAUUGGGUUCUGGAACUGGAUGGUUAUCCAUCAGGAAUGCGCCAUUUGACAGUCCUAAAUGAAGGAAAAGAUGGCCUUUUCUGGGCAGGACAUUAUGGUCCGAAAGUUGCAAAUAUCCAAAUCCAGAUAAUCAUGCCGGAGACUCCUAUGCUGAAGCAGCUAGCUGCUGAUACAGAGAAGUGUCGCGAAGAUGAAGCACCAGUUGCCGUAGAAGAAGAGAACAGAUUUGGAUUUGGAGGGCAUCGUCUUCGUCUCAGACAUGGAAUGUGGGCUGUCCCGCCUGCUCAAUUCCGAGAAAUGGAAGACGAUGAAGAUGAAUAA